AUAUUUCGACCAAACCAUCGGGCGACGCGAUGAACUACAUCCUAGUGCCGUUUCUUCUAGCCGUUCGGCUACCGAACAACGACGAUCAAUGGAAGAACGGGCCGGAGUACACGUUCAACGCGACAAUCGGCACGAUCGCGAGCAUAGACUACGACCAUUUAUUGGGAUUGCAAGAAGACGAUCAAUCGGAGGACUAUUAUAGAGGUUCGAGUGUGACCACUCAACUGAAAUGCAGGCCCAGAGAGCCAGACAGAUUACGCUGUCGAUUCGAGAACACCAAAAUCACCUUGUUAAAUGCUUCAAUAUUCGAGCCUGAUGCUGUCAUCCCAGCCGAGGAUGCAACCUACAGGUCCUUCGGCUUCGGGAACGUGUCGUUCGAGAUCGAGUUCGACCAGAACGGAAUCAAAAGUUACGAAUUCGAAAAUGACAGUGAAAUAAUGGUCGAUCGCACCGCGAGCAUGUGUCGAUUGAUAGCCGGUCAUCUGAACUUAUGGCCGAAGAUGGGCGAGGUGAAGAGGAUCAAGAGACUGGAGAACACGACCGUGGGCGAGUGUCCUGUCAGUUACGAUACCGAGAAAGUGAAUCUGGACAAUUGGACGACGAUCAGGGAGUAUCUGCUCACUAAGCCCCUCAAUAUGCAAAUGAAGAAAGGGUUACAGAUUAGAAAGGUGAUACACCUGGACGAGUGUCUUCCUCAUCCGGUUUACUUCUUCGGGACGCGGUACACCUUUGACGUGGUUCCGUUCGAGUCUAUUCAGAAAUUGGUAUCAUCCGUGGGAAGAGUGUUCCUUUCGAAUUCCAACUUCACUUCCGAAACCGUCAAUACACUCCACGUUUACGACGAGAACAGGAAGUUGAUCGGAAAUGACGUCGCCUCCGUCACCGAUCCUUCGUCAACUAAUCGAUAA